AUGGCAGGCGCCACUAACGAACCGACUCAAGAACACAUCCAGAAGUUAAACGAGGAGGUUCACAGGAUCUGUGAUGAGGGAAAUUGGGAGCUAUUAUCCUACUUCGCGAGCUUGGACAGCGGUGAAGACGAGAGAUCCUGGCGUAAGACUGUGCUGGCUAUUGUCAAGAAGAAUGGAUCCGACAUACGUAGGCGCGCUCUAGUUGAGAUUCGACGUGAAACAAGGACAAUCAGGGAGGAAGGGGAAUUGGCGACAUUAGGCCAUGACGUCCGGCGUGCUAGGAAGUCGAAUCGCUACCUCUCCGAAGAGUUCCAGGAGGCACGCGAGUACUAUGAGCAUAGGGGAACGCAGCUGCCACCCGACAUUCACUCCGCCUGCGCGGAACGUAUCGCCUUCAUCGAAAGUCUUAUGUCCACGGUCAAGCAACAAGCGCGGCGCCUGCGAAAGAGCUUUCAGCAAAGUGUGGACGAGAUUUUGGACAUAGCAUUGGACGAGGACCGAUUGGAGGAAGUCUUGGCGCCCCUCAAGACUCAAGAGCGCAACCGCCUCCACAAGCUCGCAAUCACCCCUCUGAUAGAGCGUCUGCGAAGUGUUCGCUUGAAGCGGACUCGCAUGCAGCGUAAGGCUUCCAGGGUGACGGCAUCCCUGAAUGGGGCGACGUCAGCAGAGCGCACUUGUGCUUUGGUGGAGCUGCGAGCAUUGUACAAGAGCGCCCUAGUCGAGGGCUGGGAGCAGGAUGAUGCCCUCGGAGAUAUAGAGCUUUUACUCAUCAAGAGCGAGGGGGGUCCGGUCUUGAUGCGCAAGUCGAACGGCGACACUGUGAACGCGGUGCAGUUUUUGGAGGGUCUGGAUGCUGCUGCCGGUAUCCAAUCUCGCUUGGAAGAUUUGGAGGAGGAACAAAUCAUGGUCAAAGCAUGCGUUCGGGCUUUAAUGAUGCUGAUGCACAAGGCAGAGGGCGAAUCAGAGCUGUAG